AUGUCAAAGAGUAAAGGUUAAGUAGUUGCAAAUAAAAGCAAAAAGACUCUAUUUGAAGAGGAAGAAGACAUCAACUCUGAUGGACUAAAGAUUAAUACAGAGUUUGCUCGCAAGUUUGAACAUAAUAAAAGAAGAGAAUUAUUAGAAUAAGGAAAGGAAAAGUAUGGUGAGAAAGCUUUGAGAGAUAAUGAUGGAAGUGAUAAUGAAUCAGAAAGUGAAGAGGAGGAGGAAGAUGAAGAGGCAGAUCUCAUUAAUCCCCAUUUUGAAAAAAAGUUCUUGCAGACACUUACCAUGAUAAGAAAUAAUGAUCCUAAAUUGAAAGAAAUAAAAGAUGAGUUGUUUAAAGAUGAGGAUUUCGAUGAUGAAUAGGAUUAAAAGCGUGAUAUAAAGAAGAAAGAUAAAAAGCUCACCUAUAAAGAUCAAAUUAGAUUAGAUGCUCUUAAAGGUGAUGUGUCGAGCAGUGAUGAUGAGAAAAAUUCUAAUCUCUUCAAGAAAAAGAAAGGUUAGGUUGAAACUCUGGCUGAGGAGGAAACUAGACUUAAAAAUGAAUUCAAGAAAGCAGCCAAGGUUGAUGGUAAACAAAAAGCAAAACCUGAUGAUGAAGAGUCUGAAGAUGACUUCCUGAAAAAGAAAAACUCAGAAGAAGAUGAGAAUGAUGAAGAAAUUCCUGACAAUAUUGAGGGACUUAAACUUGAUGAGAUUUUAAAGAAAAAGAAAAAGAAGAAGGAAAUGAACUUAGUUACAGAUUAAGAGCUAUUGUAGAGAUUUUGGGGAGAUGAUGCAAAGCUAGAUAGCAAAGACAAAUUCUUAAGAAAUUACAUUUUGCUUGAGGGUUGGAAGGACAAAUUCAAGGGAUUAGGUAAAACUCAGGAAUAAAUUGAUAAAGAGGAUGAAUAGCGUGACAAGGAAAUGGAAGAAUAUGAAGAGAAAUAUAAUUUCAGAUUUGAAGACUCAACGGGUAGAUAUAUUACUACUCAUGCUAGAGAUGUUCCCGAUUCAAUGAGAAGAUAAGAGAGUAAGAGAAAAGACUAAAGAUAAGAUAAAAAGGAAAGAAUCGAGGAUGAAAAAAGAAGAAAAUAAGAGGAGAUUAAUCAACUUAAAUAAUUGAAGAGAGAUGAAAUUCUAGAAAAAUUAAGAAAGGCUGAGUUUUUGUCAGGUUAUGAUCACAGUUAAUUAGAGGAAAGAAAACUAUUGGAAAAGGCUGAAAAAGAACUUAAGACAGAAUUUAUUCCUGAACUUUACGAUAGAACUAUGGAGAAAAUUUUUGAUGAAAAGUACUAUGAAAUGGAUGACAAAAAAGCUAAAUAUUUUGAAAAGGAAAAAUCUCUUAAUCUUAGAUUAAUGAACGAUGACGAUAUCAAUGAGGAUCAAGAUGAAGAAAUGGAGGAGGGAGAAUAAGAGCAUGAUAGUGAAGACGAUAAAAAAAUUAUGAGGAAUUACGAGCAGGAAUUAGCGAAAUCAGUGAAAAAAUAAGUCAAAGACAAAAAGAAGAUUGUUGAGGAAGAUCUUGAGGAUGUCUAAGAUUAUGAUACUUGGUAUGCUUGUGAUGGAUGUAACAAGGCUAUCGACGCAGGUGAAUUCAGAUUUGAUUGCAAUACCUGCGACAAUUUCACAUUCUGUGAGAAAUGUUAUAAAAAGAAUAAAACUCAUCUUCACAAAUUCAAUAGAGCAAAAGUUCCUAUGCAAUAAAAGCCUCCAAAGAACAAUAAGGAUCUAAUAGAGAAAGCAUAUAUGCUUUGCCAUACUUGUGGUGAAUGCCUUUUAGAAGCUUCUAAGAGAGUUUAUAUUUGUAAGGAAUGCUCAAAAGAUUUUGAGAAAGGUGAUAUAAUGUACUUCUGUUUGAAGUGCAAGAAUGCUGAAAAGCAUCCAGAUCAUAAAUUGGAGAAGCUUAAGGUCCUACCUGGUGAAUCAGCUGCUGCCAAGCUAAUGAAUAAAGAUAAAGAUAAAAUGACUGAAGAAGAAAAGAAGGAGUAUCUAGAAUAAUUAUUAGAUGAUUAUUAUAACCUAGAGUUUGAAGAUGUAAUUGGUGGCGGUUCAGUUAAAACUAGAUUUAAAUACACAAAAGUAGCAAAAGCAGAUUUUGGUCUAACUGAGGAUGAAAUCCUUCUUUUAGAUGAUUUACAACUAAAUAAAAUGGUUUCGCUCAAAAAGUACAGAGCUUACAUUGAUUUACAAAAUGAAAAAGAUGAAUAAGAAUAAGAAACCGAAGGACCAUAUGAAAAAAGAAAGAGAAAUGAAAUCGAAGGUAGUGUUAAUGUUCAUCGUGUGAGAAAUAUUAAGAAACAUUAUAAGCAAGAACUCGAAGAAAAGAAGGUAAAAUUUGUAAUAUUUUUAUAUAUUUUUUAGAAAUUAUUGAAGUAAGCAUUGCUUACUAGUGUUGAACAAGAAAAGGAGAAAUACUUUAAGGGUUCAUAAGCUGCUUAGGAUAUGAGAGACAAAAAUGCAAGAGAAAUGAGCAAAAAUAAACAGAGAAAGCAAAAGAGAUAAUAGGGUGAAGAAAAUCCUGAAGAUAUUCCAGAAUCAGUGUCAUAAAUUGAGGAUGAAAAUACAGCUAAAAAGAGAAAGAGACUUGCACUCUAUGGUGUUAAAUGA